CACACAACCCAAAUCGGGGGAUUCUAUUCAAAGCCAGCUGGUCUGGCUUUAUCACAUGCAGGACAUUGAUUUCAGGCAAUUUGCAAUUAUUUAUCUAUUUGUUGAGUCAACUAUCUCUUUUAUUUUACCUUGUUUUUUAAACUUUUGAACCUUUUGAUUGAGCUGGGCCUUAGUCGGUGCUGCGGGUUUGAACUUCCUGGGGAAGCAGAGAAACCGCACAGGUGCCAACCAAAGACAACCGCAAACGCUGUUGAACACGAAGAAGUUUUCCGAUGAAUUGCUGACAGAAAUCUACGAGACCGAGGGGACGCGAGACGGCUGACGAAGGAAUAUCGAACGUGCAGCAGCAGCUCCCCGCGUCCUGUCAGCCGGCCGGACCAAACAACCGGCGGACCGCUUGUUGUAUCUUUCACUUCCACCGGACAAGAUUCCACGCGAAAUAAAAGUCUCAGUCUUCUGGGUAAAGUGUCUAACGUCAGGAGGUUUGCCGAACAACUCCGUGGGGGCCGUGCUGUUGAAAAUGCUGUUAACACCGUCUAGGCCGAGAAACGGCGAAGUACGGAUGCUGGAAUCUUUGAGUUGAUUGGAACAAAUAGAAAGCAGAAAAAAGCCAGAUAAAGGAAGAGCGGGAGAGUGAGGAGAAAGAAGAAGAAAGAGGAGCGAGAAGAAAGCGUAAAGUUCUUUAGGGGAGAGAAAGAAAGAGACGGGGACGAUGGGGAGGAAAAAGAUUCAGAUCACGCGGAUUAUGGAUGAACGCAACAGACAGGUGACAUUUACAAAGCGAAAAUUUGGCCUGAUGAAGAAGGCGUACGAGCUGAGCGUGCUGUGUGACUGUGAGAUCGCCCUGAUCAUCUUCAACAGCACCAACAAGCUGUUCCAGUACGCCAGCACAGACAUGGACAAGGUCCUGCUUAAAUACACCGAGUACAACGAGCCCCACGAGAGCAGGACCAACUGCGACAUUGUAGAGACAUUGAGAAAGAAGGGCCUAAACGGCUGUGACAGCCCUGACCCCGACGCAGAUGACUCGGUCGGCCACAGCCCCGAGUCCGAGGACAAGUACAGGAAAAUAAACGAGGACAUCGAUCUGAUGAUCAGCAGACAGAGACUGUGUGCGUUGAGCAAGAAGGCGAACAAAGGCGGCGAAAGCCCGGAGCUCGAGUCUGCUCUCGUCCUCACCCCACGCACUGAGGAGAAAUACAAACAGAUUAACGAGGAGUUUGAUCACAUGAUUCAAACGUAUAGGAUACCUCAGGCCGUGCCCCAAUCGAACUAUGACAUGCCUGUGUCCAUUCCCGUUAACAACCAGAACAAUCUCAUUUACAACCAUCCCGGUGGUUCCCUAGGCAACCACAACCUGUUGCCAUUGGCGCACCAUGGCCUACAGAGAAACAGCAUGUCUCCCGGAGUUACACACAGACCCCCCAGUGCAGGUGGCCUCAUGGGGGCUGACCUCACCACUGGCGCAGGCUCCAGUGCUGGAAAUGGAUACGGUAACCAUCGCAACUCACCAGGUCUGCUGGUUUCUCCAGGUGGCAUGAACAAGAACAUGCAGGCCAAGUCUCCCCCACCUAUGAAUUUAGGCAUGAACAACCGCAAACCUGACCUACGUGUGCACAUCCCUCCUGGCGCCAAGAACAACAUGCCCUCCAUCUCUGAGGACGUCGAUCUGCUAUUGAACCAGAGAAUAAACAACUCUCAGUCUGCUCAGUCCUUGGCCACCCCGGUGGUAUCAGUAGCAACUCCCACUCUUCCAGGACAGGGCAUGGGCGGUUACCCAUCUGCCAUCUCUACUUCUUAUGGUACCGAGUAUUCCCUGAAUAGCGCGGAUCUGUCCUCCCUGUCUGGCUUCAACAGCGGCAGCUCCCUUCACCUCGGCUCGAUGAGCGGGUGGCAACAGCAACACCUUCAGAACAUGCAGCAUUCAGCCCUCGGCCAGCUAGGAAAUUGCUCUAGCUCUCACUUGUGUCAGGGUUCAAAUCUCUCCCUGCCCUCUGCUCAAAGCCUGCACAUCAAGUCCGAACCUGUUUCUCCUCCUAGAGAUCGCACCAGCAGCACGGGGGGCUAUGGUGGGCUCCCACCUCCCCAGAACCCCUCGUCCCGCCUGGACUCGGGACGCUCCCCCGUUGAUAGCCUGAGCAGUUGUAGCAGCUCCCAUGAGGGCAGCGACCGCGACGAGCACAGGAAUGAGUUCCACUCGCCUCUGGGACUGGUCCGGCCCACCCUGGACGAGCACGAGAGCCCCUCCAUCAAACGGGUGCGCCUGUCAGAAGGAUGGGCGACAUGAUAGCUCUGUCCCCUCCCCGGCAGAACCCAGAGUUACCCUGAGCCCCCCCCCCCCCCCCCAAAGUCAGAUCCUCUUCCUCCUCUCUCCUGAUAUCACGAGUCACUCAACCACCCAACCCCCUGGCCGCUCUCCUUUUAUCUUGUUAUCGCUGAAGGAAAUGAAAGGGACAGCCCUUUUCUCUAAAAAUAUGUUUGUAAUUUUUUUCCCUUUUUUAUUUUCUUUUUGCUGAGUGUGUGUGCUCUACAUAUUGACAUUAUAUAAACCAGUGGGGUGUUGUAAUGGGGGUUUGGGAGGGAGGGCGUGGGUUGGGAUGGCAUCUGGGGGUAUUUCUGUCGGGGGAACUAUGCAUAAAUUGUAUCGUGUGUGGAUAAAAAGAAUCACGUAUGCAUAUAUCUUUACACGUGUGUGUAUGUGUAUAUAUAUGCAUAUCAACAAAUAAACAAAAAAAUAGUCAGGUACUCUGUUUCAUAAAACGUACUUACACUUUGCCUCAGCGAUAUAUCAGUGAGUAGAGACAAAAAAAGACAAAAAAAAACUUUAACAUGAGAGUGAGUGUGUCCAAUGGAAAACACCUUAGCACUUGAGUUGGACAGACAUGUGGACAUGUGUACAGUGUCGGUUUCAUUGCUAUAUACCUUCUCUGCAGUUCUCCCUUGCAAAAAUGUGUGUUAACAUUAGAUGAUGUCAUGUUGCAGGUUCAACGUAUUUAUGUAAAUAGAGGGUCGAGGGGGGGGAAGGGCAGGCGUCAAAAGUUGCCAGACAUUACAAGAUUUAUUUCCUCACUCAAUGAAAAAGCUAUUAUGCAACAUUUGAAGAAUUGUACAGGUAAAGAGGCAGACCCAAUGCUAGACGUGUGGAACCUUUGAUGAUCUUAGCGCUCCCCUUAACCAACGGAGCCGAGCGAGGACCAGCCUCGGAUCGAAGCGCUGCGUUAGUGUAAUCAAGAAAUCUCUGGAUCUAGUAUUAAUAUUCAGUAUUAAUAAAUGAAAAAUGGAAAAAUAAAAAACAAUUGUACGAUACACUUGCUUAUAUUUUCAUAUGAAAGGAAUACAAUGCAACGCAUUUUUGUGGCUUUUUGUAGUUUCUAUAAGCCAGAAUGUGUUUUUUGAUAGCUUUGCUAAUAAGAGAUGGAUAGUUCACCCAGAGGGGAAUUGACAGGGCUCCGCUGCCCCAAGCCAUUAAAGACAGACUGAGAUCCAAUGCUUUGCUGAACUGUUUUAUCUUUGUCGAGGUUUGUUUUUAAACGUGUAUUUCUAAUUAUAUAUAAUAAUGGUAAUAUUAAGAUUCUUUUAAAAAAGUCUGUGAAAUUAACAUGCUUGUGUAUAGCUUUCUAAUAUAUAUAUAUAUAUAUAUAUACUAAUGACUUCUGUUGGUUUCUUAGUGGAGUUUCAAUGUGCAGUUGCACAUGUUGUCUGGUUUGUUUCAUUUGAGCCCUGAGCAGUGCUGUUCAGGCGCGUAUUUAGUCUAACCUUCGAGACCAGCUGGAGAGCGUUGCCUGGGUUUGUGUGACGGAGGGAAGACAGGCCUGAAUGCAAAAGCACCACCUGUUAGUGGAACAUGUCAUGAGACUGGAACUGGGAAUGACACAUGAUGUUCAUGAUUGUCAUACUGAUGAGGAAAUAUGGCUGACCGUCAAUCCAUGGCUGGAUGUAUUUGAAUGCAUCCGAUAUUUCAUUCUUAGCCUCACUUAUCUGAUUUCGUGAUGUUAAUCUCAUAAAACGUGUUAUUGAAAGUAGUAACCACAAUCAUAGCUUGUGUUCUCAAUGUUGCACAAGCCCUGACCCAAUCAAUACCAUUUUUAUUUUGAAUCAUAUUUAUAUAAUGUCAUUUUGUGAGUGCAUUGUGAUUAAUUAUCCCAGAUCAUUUGCAAACCUAAUUUGAUUCGGUGUCGCCCUGCGACUCCUCAUGUUCCACUCUUCAGAAAAGGGUUCCACAUCAUUUACUACAUGUCACAUGACAGUUGAGUGUCAGAUACACAGGGGAACAUGUAACAUGCUGGUAUGAAAGAAGCACAAUUGUUUAUUUUAAGAUAAAUAGCUGUUUUGUUUGACUAUCUUUCAAACAAUGAAACUAGCCACGUAUCUCUCUGACUCCCACUCCUGUAUCUGCUGUCACUUAAGUGUUAUAAUAUUUCAAUGUGCAUAUUUCAUGCAGGUUCACUAUGUUGUUACUGUAUACAGUCUGUGUAGUCAAACAGGGGCAGAGCCUCUAUAAUGGUGUUCUUCUCUUUAUUUUGUAUUUUUUAUUCAAUACAAAAAGGUUGAGAAAAAAAUAAACAUGAUGUUUCAGGCAGCAAAAGUGUGGAGAAACCAAAGCCAGUGGCAUUUCUGUGUUGUAAACUCAACUUUAUUUUCACAUUCAUUUAUGGUUUUUGCAAGCAUUGAAACAAGACAAUAAAAGAAUAUGCUCAAAUGUACAAUUGUUUUCACAUUUCAAUUUCAGUCCGUCAAAUGUAGCUUCAGAUGUCGAUACCAACCGCAGCAGUUCAUAUUGUGUUGAUCAUCUGUCUCCCUGUGCAUUGAAAAGGUUAUAUUCAAAAACGUAUUUUGUAUUUACAAGUUGUUAUUCGCUGUGAAUGAGCUCAAUCAUUCAGGCCUGAUCAUGUGCCGCAUGCUGGCUGUCCACUUGAUCACCGCCUGCCGCAAACCAAUUAUCAUGCUACUUGCUCACUGAUUGAAAUAAUGCCAACAUGUCCUGGUGGGUGAUUACAGUGCUGUAGUUUUGACAACAAUUUGACCCAAAGACAACCAAGAAAACUUGUCUUUCUAUCUUUUUUUGUGUGUUAAAUUUGAAGGCGUUCUUUAUCAUCACCUGUUGACCAGUUGUUCAUUGUCAUUAUUAUAAUAGACUAAAUGUUGGUACCUCAAAAUUUACCCGAGCAGUAUCAGCUGAUGUUUUGAGAAACUUGCAGUGAAAAGAGGAGACCAUACGCCUGUACAGCCAUGUGUAAUAACCAUGUAAUAGCAAUGCCUAUACAUUCAUAUGGGAUUGGUUGUUGCUCCACCGUGUUUGUGGUUUAUUUAAGUUGUAUUCAAAAGCUAAAAAAGAUUUUUUUUUUUCAAAAGAGUAAUAUGUUAAAAAUGCUUAAAAAGUCAGUCUGUAGUACCAAAUGUAGCUUGUAACAACCUGAAAAUGGUGGAGGUUUGGAACUAAUGUUUUCUGGAACGCAAGAGCGGCUUUCAGCGGCAUAAGCUGGCCUUUGUCGCCACUUGAGACUAAGAUGGUAUUAAAUUAAAUCCACAUCUCUGUAACUCAAGGCACUUGAUUCAGCUUUAUGUAGUGAAAAGGUAUGGGGAUGAAAUAAAAGUCUCCUCUGCUGGAGGGGAAGGCUAUUUGUAUUUUGCAGAGAUUUCAGUAAAGUUACUGGCUUUAUAGUUUU